AGCGGCGCGCGGGUGCUGGAAAGCCCGGUUCCUGUGAGGGAGGCCAGCUCGCCGAGCAGGACCCGAGUAGGCAGACAGGGACUGCGCUCCUGAAACCGCCAGAGCGAGUCCCUGCCGGCCCCGGCCGUAGAGCCAUGCGUCCCGACUGGGGGACUGGAGAGUCCAAGCCAGCCACCUUGUGCAACAGAUGGAAAAACUGAGUUUCGGAGAGGGACAGUUCUGCCCGAAGUCACACCGACUUUAUAAAAAUGGAGUUUCAAGCGGUAGUUAUGGCCGUUGGUGGGGGAUCUCGGAUGACAGACUUGACUUCCAGCAUUCCCAAGCCUCUGCUUCCAGUUGGAAACAAACCUUUAAUUUGGUACCCGCUGAACCUGCUUGAGCGUGUUGGAUUUGAAGAAGUCAUCGUGGUUACAACCAAAGAUGUCCAAAAGGCUCUCUGCGCAGAAUUCAAGAUGAAGAUGAAGCUAGAUAUUGUGUGCAUUCCUGAUGAGGCAGACAUGGGGACUGCAGAUUCUCUACGCCACAUCUACCCAAAGCUUAAGACUGAUGUGCUGGUCCUGAGCUGCGAUCUGGUAACAGAUGUGGCUUUACAUGAGGUUGUGGACCUGUUCAGAGCUUAUGAUGCGUCACUGGCCAUGCUAAUGAGGAAAGGGCAAGAGAGUACAGAACCAGUUCCAGGUCAAAAGGGGAAAAAAAAACCAGUGGAGCAGCGUGACUUCAUUGGAGUGGACAGCACAGGAAAAAGGCUGCUCUUUAUGGCUAAUGAAGCAGACUUGGAUGAAGAGCUGGUCAUUAAGGGAUCCAUCCUGCAGAAGCACCCUAGGAUACAUUUCCACACGGGCCUUGUGGAUGCCCAUCUCUACUGCCUGAAGAAGUACGUUGUGGAUUUCUUAAUGGAGAAUAGGUCAAUCACUUCUAUCCGAAGCGAACUGAUUCCAUACCUAGUAAGAAAACAGUUUUCCUCAGCUUCCUCACAGCAAAGGCAGGAAGACAAAGAAGAGGAUUUAAAGAAAAAGGAGCUGAAGUCUUUAGAUAUUUACAGUUUUAUAACAAAAGACAACACUCUGACCUUGGCUCCCUAUGAUGCCUGCUGGAAUGCCUUUCGAGGAGGAGACAAGUGGGAAGAUUUGUCUAGAUCACAGGUCCGCUGCUAUGUCCACAUCAUGAAAGAAGGUCUUUGCUCUCGAGUAAGCACACUGGGACUCUACAUGGAAGCCAACAGACAGGUCCCCAAAUUGCUAUCUGUUCUUUGUCCGGAGGAAUCAAUGAUCCAUCCAUCAGCCCAGAUUGUCAACAAACACCUGAUUGGAGUUGAUAGCCUCAUCGGGCCAGAUACACAAAUUGGAGAGAAGUCAUCUAUUAAGCGCUCUGUCAUUGGCUCAUCCUGUGUCAUACGAGACAGAACGUCUAUUACCAAUUGCCUCCUCAUGAACUCUGUCACCGUGGAAGAAGGGAGCAGCAUCCACGGCAGCGUCAUCUGCAACAACGCAGUGAUCGAGACGGGCGCAGAGAUCAAGGACUGUCUGGUUGGAAGUGGUCAGAGGAUUGAAGCCAAAGCUAAACGAAUGAACGAGGUGAUCGUGGGGAAUGACCAGCUCAUGGAGAUCUGAACCCUAACAAGCCCGACCCCUUCCUUUGGGCCUCAAACUACAGAUGCUGCCUGGCCCACCUGUUUGACUCUGUAUUUAUUUUUCAAUAAAGAAGAAUUUCCAGGCUGUA